UAUCAUUAGUAUGGUUAUGUUCAUUAAACGCUAGUGGUUACUAGUGUUUGCACGUGGUCUAUCCAAAUAAUUCUGUUUAUUAUUUGAUAUUCUAUAGUAAUGGGAAAACCAGAAUUCUCAUCUGGAGGCCGAGGCGGCGGUAGAGGAGGACGUGGUGGCUUCGGUGGAGGACGUGGUGGUGGCGGAGGACGCGGUGGUUUCGGCGGUGGCCGGGGAGGAGGAAGAGGAGGAUUUGGUGACCGAAACAGCGGUGGUGGCGGCCGAGGUGGAAGAGGCGGUUUUGGAAAUAAAUCGGGCGGAGGUCGGGGUGGAAGAGGAGGUGGUGGAGGCAGAGGAAGAGGAGGCGGCGGAUUCAAAGGUGGAAAAACUGUUGUUAUUGAACCACACAGACAUGAAGGUGUAUUCAUUGCCAGAGGUAAAGAGGAUGCUUUAGUUACACUUAACCUUGUACCUGGUUCAGAAGUUUACGGAGAAAAGAGAAUAUCUGUUGAGACUGAUGGCAACAAAACAGAAUAUAGAGUAUGGAAUCCUUUUAGAAGUAAAUUAGCAGCUGCUAUUUUAGGUGGAGUGGAUCAAAUACACAUGCCUCCUGGUAGCAAAGUUCUCUACCUAGGUGCUGCUUCAGGAACAACGGUCUCUCAUGUUUCGGAUAUUGUAGGCCCUGAAGGAUUAGUAUAUGCAGUAGAAUUUUCUCAUAGAUCGGGCAGAGAUUUAAUCAACGUUGCCAAAAAGCGAACAAAUAUAAUACCUAUCAUAGAAGAUGCAAGACAUCCUCACAAAUAUAGAAUGUUAGUAGGAAUGGUAGACACUAUAUUUGCAGAUGUAGCUCAACCUGAUCAAGCCAGAAUUGUGGCAUUGAAUGCUCAACAUUUUCUAAAAAAUAAUGGAAACUUUGUAAUUUCAAUAAAAGCCUCUUGUAUAGAUUCAACGGCUCAACCAGAAGCAGUAUUUGCUUCUGAAAUAAAAAAAUUACAAGAAGAUAAGUUGAAACCAAGGGAGCAAAUAACACUUGAACCAUAUGAAAGGGAUCAUGCUGUUGUGGUUGGGGUAUUUAGGCCGCCACCUAAAAUAUAACUUUAAUCUAAACUAUAUAUAUGUAUAUUACAUGAAGAUUUUAUCAUGUUUUUUUUUUUAAUAAAAUUAGACAUAAACAAAGUAAUAAA